GUGUUUGGGAAGGACACAGAAUUUGUCAAGAAGAAUCCAGAGUUGGUUGAAGAAGUAAACCAAAUGCUAAAGAAGUGUGGUGAACUUCCCAUUGUGAAGGCUACAGAUUUAGUCAAGAAGAAACCUGAGUUGGUUGAAGAAGCGAACAAAAUCUUAAAGAAGUGCGGUGGACUACCCCUUGCAAUAGUGACAAUAGGUGGUUACUUGGCAAGCCGUCCAAAGACUAGAGAUGAGUGGAGAAAAAUCGAUUCUUUCAUCAAUGCCGAGUUGGAGAUGAAUCUAGAGCUUGGGACCAUAAGAACCAUCCUUGAAAAGAGCUAUGUUGGUUUACCAUAUCAUCUCAAGUCAUGUUUCCUAUAUCUGUCUAUUUUUCCAGAGGACCACAUCAUUAGUCGGAGGCGUUUGGUGCGUCGAUGGAUAACAGAAGGUUACUCAAGCGAGAGGCGUGGGAUGUCUGCCAUUGAAAUGGCUGAGAACAACUUCACAGAACUAAAAAACAGGAGCAUGAUAUUACCAUUUCAGCUAAGAGUUCGUAGUAGGAGAUCAAUUGACUCUUGCAGAGUCCAUGAUCUGAUCCGUGACAUCGCCAUCUCAAAGUCAAUGGAGGAAUGUCCCAGCUUUUUGCUCAGCCAUUUCCAAUCUCAGCAGGCUGGAAUCACUGUCGGCGAGUUCAGCGGGGAAGCCAGGUUUGCGCGGCUGCUUGGAUGGAAUAUCCUCGCCUCCCGAAAACCUGCAGAGCCUCAAGCUGUACGGCAAUCUGGAAACGUUGCCGGAAUGGAUCAAUAA